AUGCAGUCACACUAUCCCUAUCUGAGGUACCUUGAGGAAACACAAUGGGCAUCGACGAUAACUGUUGCUGCUUCUAGAAACCUGUUUGGCCAACGUCAGCUCGGCGAUGCGGGUCUGGCGCACGCAGCCCCUCUCUCGUCUUGUCAGUGUCACCCAGACCAGCCAGGGUCUGCGGAGGCAUUCUAUGUCAUGUAUAACCCUGAACAAAAGGAGUCGUCAAGUGCGCGUGGAGUUCAAGGUCUUGAGCCACAGCCGGUGUUCAUUUAUCCGUUGUCGCACUGCUACAUUCAGAUGGGCAGAUUCUUCAAAGCCAGCAACGUUGUCUUGCCGCUCAAAGUAUCGAUCUAUCAGCAGGCAGAACGCAAUUCGGGCCGUCAUUCUCUCGUUGAGCACUGUGUUCAACCCUUCAAGCUGGAAUUCGAGCAUCGGUGCCUACGGCAGACGGCGGAAAUAGCCGCUACGUGGUUGCCCGAGAGACCCUCAGACGUGCCUGGUAUCCAAUGUCGACCUAUCAGAGUUGACUCAUAUCGCUAA